AUGAAAGCAGGCAGGGUCGAAAACCGGAAGGCAGUCCCCGGGCAAAAACAGGAUGUUCAAUGUGCUGAACUCAACCAGUAAGGUUCUAUGGUUGUAAAACCAGGACAGCCUCUCACCAUCUCCUGUAAAGUCUCAUAUUCAGUAUCCAGCUAUGGUACAGCCUGGAUUCGACAGCCUGCAGGGAAAUCACUGGAGUGGGUUGGAUUAAUAUGGUAUGAUGGAAGCACCGAUUACAAAGAUUCCCUUAAGAACAAGUUCAGCAUCUCCAGAGACACCUCCAGCAGCACAGUGUCUUUACAAGGAAGCAGCCUGCAGACUGAAGACACAGCUGUGUAUUACUGUGCCCGAGACACACAGCGAAGCAAUGUGUGUAGCUGGGGUUUCGAUUACUGGGGUAAAGGUACAACGGUGACUGUAACAACAGCUCAGCAAGCUACACCAGAUGUCUUCCCCCUUGUUAGCUGCGGAAGCUCCUCGGAGUACGUCACCGCGGGCUGCAUCGCUAGAGGAUUCAUGCCCGAUGGUUUGAGCUUCAAGUGGACGAAAGACGGCAGCGAUUUGCCCGGGUUCGUGCAGUAUCCGAGCGUGCUGUCAGCCGGGAAAUACACCAGCGUCAGUCAAAUUCGGCUGAGAAGGGAGGACUUGGGAAAAUCGAAACUCCAGUGUGUCGCAGAUCAUGGAGGCAAACAGAUACCUGCUGACCUGACACCACCAGAAAUGCCAAAACCAACACCACCAAUGCCUCCAACCCUUUACCUAAUGGUUCCAAAUCAGGAGGAAUUAAUGCAACACAAGACCGCUUCCUUCGCCUGCAUAGCCAGUGAAUUUUCUCCCCUUGACAACUCAUUUAAAUGGCUGAGGAAUGGCAAAGCAUUAGCCCCAGGCGACGGAGUAGUCAUAAGUCCUCCUGUGCUUGAGGGUGAGGGGAAAGUCUUCACUGCAAGUAGCUUUUUGCGUGUCAGGCAAAGCUUAUGGACGGAUGUGGAUUCAUCUAUUUCAUGUAAAUUUGAAGGCAAAGCUGGAACUGUGAUGAAGACAGCUAGAUACGCUUCAGACUCCACAGGAUGCGAGGACAUACCAGUUCAAAUUGAGAUUCUUCCCCCGUCACCAGAGGAGUACUUCCUAAGCGACACUGUCACUCUCACCUGCAAAGCCAGCUGCAAGGGACAAUGUGAUGCGAGCAAAUUCAAUAUUACCUGGGAGUCACAGGAUGGACGGCCUCAUGUUUUGGUCACUGAGGAACCAGAUGACAGCUACGCAAUCUCCAAGGUCCGAAUUUCGUAUGAAGAGUGGAAAAGUGGCACCGAGUUUGUCUGUAUAGCACAGCAUGAUGACAGUCCCUCACCAAAAAGGUUCUCUUACAAAAGAGAAAGCGGAGGAAAGUGGGAGACUCCCUCUGUCUUUAUAAUGACCUCUUCAGAUCAGCGUAAGGAACAGGUGACGCUCACCUGCUUUGCCAAAGAUUUCUACCCCAAGGAUGUUCUGAUUACUUGGCUUGCUGAUGAUCAGUCUGUGGACAGCUCACAGUUCCAUACUACCAAUGUGAUUCAGACAGGAAACACAUACUCAGUCUACAGCCAGCUGACAGUCCCUGCCUCAACCUGGGAUAGUGGUGUGUUGUACGGCUGUGCAGUGCAUCAUGAAACUUUAAAGGACAAAGUGGUGAAAACAAUAAUCAGGACCACUAGCCGUGCUACCAACGUCACGGCGAUAUAUGAGCACUGGGGCUGCAAUACCUCAGAUAUUGAUGGUGACAGUUCAGCCAACACAGCCAUCGCCUUCAUAAUCCUCUUCCUCAUCAGCCUCUUCUGCAGCAUUGGGGCUACUGGCUUCAAGAUAAUUGACGUGGUGAAUUUCGAGAUGACGGCAACUGAAAAUAUAUGUAAAGAAACAAGAAUCGACUCUCCCAGCAUCACACUGUACCACCAGCUCAGCGACAAAACAUCAGGGGCCACAAACAUUAGUUUGAUCUGCUAUGUGACAUGGAAUAACCCUAAAGCCAUUACUGUUGAAUGGCAAAAAGACAACAAUCCUUCAAAAUUGUCUGACAAUAAGCAAGAAUUCAAGAAUGGGGAGGAGGGGAAGGAAAAAUACAGCCUUAUUAGCCAAGUGGAGGUUGACAUUGAAGACUGGCACUCGGGGUCUGAGUAUACCUGCAAAGCUACCCACGAUAAAAAAGAUUUCAGCAAACGCAUCAGCAUUUGCUCAGAUUUCCCUGUUUCCACACCCACCAUUUCCCUGGAGGAGCCCAAUCUAGACAGUGAUAUGAGCUAUGAAAAGCUUACAGCCACAUGUACAGUCCUGACCCCCUACAAGACCACUAUGUCAUGGUUUCGGGAUGGAGAUGAGAAAAACAAAUUGUCAAAAACAAGGACUGUUUCCCCCACCAUUACUCUGUACCACCAACUCAUCAACAACCCAUCAGGGGCCACAAAAGUCAGUCUGCUCUGCUACCUGACAGGAUAUUAUCCAGAUGACAUCACAGUGGAAUGGUCUGUAAAUGACAGCCCUGUGAGUUUGUCUACAGUUCAGAAAAAAUUCCAGAAUGUCAACGGGGGAGACACAUUAUACAGUCUCAGCAGCCAAGUGGAGGUUGACAUUGAUGAGUGGCACUUGGGCUCCAAGUAUACCUAUUUUCCCAUGUCUUCACCACCCAUUGACCUGGAGAAGCCCAAUCUAGACAGUGAUGCAAGCCAUGAUGUUGCAACAGCUAUAUAUACAAGGAUUGUCCCCCCCGCCAUUACUCUGUACCACCAGCUCAGCAACAACCCAUCAGAGGCCACAAGAGUCAGGUUGACCUGCUCCUUGACAGGGUAUUACCCAGAUGACAUCACUGUUGAAUGGCUGGUAGACAACAAUCCUUCAAAUUCGUCUGAAGAUAAGCAAAAAUUACGGAAUGUCAAGGAGGGAUACACAACAUACAGCCUAAGCAGCCAAAUGAAGAUUGACAUUGAAGACUGGCGCUCGGGCUUUGAGUAUACCUGCAAAGCUACCCACAAUAAGAAAGAUUUCAUCAGACACAUCAGCAUUUGCUCAGAUUUCCCUGUUUCCUCACCAACCAUCUACCUGGAGAAGCCCAAUCUAGAGAGUGAUAUGAGCUAUGAAAAGCUUACAGCCACAUGUACAGUCCUGACCCCCUACAAGACCACUGUGUCAUGGUUUCGGGAUGGAGAUGAGAAAAACACAUUGUCAAUUCAGAAAAAAUUCCGGAAUGUCAACAGGGGAGACACAUUAUACAGUCUAAGCAGCCAAGUGAAGAUUGACAUUGAAGACUGGCACUCGGGCUUUGAGUAUACCUGCAAAGCUACCCACAAUAAGAAAGAUUUCAUCAAACGCAUCAGCAUUUGCUCAGAUUUCCCUGUUUCCUCACCAACCAUCUACCUGGAGAAGCCCAAUCUAGAGAGUGAUAUGAGCUAUGAAAAGCUUACAGCCACAUGUACAGUCCUGACCCCCUACAAGACCACUGUGUCAUGGUUUCGGGAUGGAGAUGAGAAAAACACAUUGUCAAUUCAGAAAAAAUUCCGGAAUGUCGACGGGGGAGACACAUUAUACAGUCUAAGCAGCCAAGUGAAGAUUGACAUUGAUGAGUGGCACUUGGGCUCCAAGUAUACCUGUAAAGCUACCCACAAUAAAAAACAUUACAUAGAACACACCAGCAUUUGCUCAGUGAAUCCAACCUCCACUCAGACAGCAGAGAUGUUCCUUCUUGGUCCCUCCAUCCACACCACACUGAAUCGUGAGGACCUUCCUUUCACCUGUCUGCUGGUCGCUUAUGGCAUGCAGAACUUCUCCAUCACCUGGAAGGUGAAUGGCGAGGCAGGGCAGGCGCACAGUACAACAGAGCGUACACAGAACGCCAACGGAACCCAGACGUGGCGCAGCACGUUCACCAUGAAGGCCCGCGAUUGGCACAUGCACAAAAAUGUCUCCUGUGAAGCCAGGCAUGUGUGCUCCAGCAAGCCACAGCUGAUGUCCCUGGAGAAAGCCAGAGAUCCCAAGCAGCCCAGUGUUCAGAUUCUAGAACCGUCCGAAUCAGAGCUGGAAAAAUCGAGCGAAGCCACCAUAGUCUGUCUGGUGUCCAAUUUCUUUCCCUCUGACAUUGAUGUUUACUGGGAGCUGAAUGAGAGCAAGCUACCAGAAUCACAAUACACCAGCAGCCCUGCACUCAGAUACUCUGGCAACAGCAGCUAUUCCAUGCACAGCAAGCUCCUGGUGCCCAAGUCCCAGUGGAAAGAUGGAGCAUAUUCCUGCGUGGUCAGGCACGAGUCAUCUAAGAGCCCGCUCAGGCAUACCGUUUCUGAUGUGUUUGCCUCAGUGAUCCCAUCCCCGCCUCAAGCCACCCUGCUGCGUUCCUCCACGGAGCUCGUCUGUCUGGUGUACGGCUUCAGCCCGUCUGCCAUCAAUGUCAGCUGGAUUCUGAGCGAUGACACGCAGCUGGUGGAGCAGAACACCACCGCUGCAUCCAGGGGGCCCGAUGGGCGAUUCACCAUCCGCAGCCACAUGCGCCCCUCCUUCUGGAAACCGGGGGUCACCUACAGCUGCAGAGUGGAACACGUCACAACCACUCUGCUACUCAACAUAAGCCAGCAAGAAGUUAUUAGGGAGGAUGACUACUUUGAUGAAAACACACAUGACACACCCGAUGUGGAAAAUGCUGGCGAAAUCUGGAACACUGCCUGCACCUUCAUCAUCCUCUUCCUCAUCACUGUGCUCUACAGCAGCUUUGUCACUUUAAUAAAGGUGAAAUGAUGGUAAGGCCUCAUAUCCAACAGAUGGUGACAUAUGAAAGAGUAAAAUGGUUGACGUCUUCCAAACCAG